AUGGAGGCAGCAGUUGCAGAGUACCAGAAGCUCCAAGCUUCCUUCCAAACAGCGGUGGAAGCGCGACAGCAGCUCGACUCGCAAUUGCGCGAAAACGAACAGGUCGCCAAGGAGUUUAGCAAGCUUGCGGACGAUAAUCAGAUAUACAAGCUGAUCGGACCCGUACUGGUUAAACAAGACCAGGUGGAGGCCAGGACCAACGUCGAAAAGCGAAUCGAGUUCAUCAAGGGCGAAAUUGACAGGGUUGAAGCACAGAUCAAGGAAUUGACGGAAAAGACCGAGAAGAAGAAGGUUGAGAUCGUCGCAUUACAGACGAAAGCUCAGCAAGAAGCAGCAGCUUCCUCCGCGCCUACAGUAACGGCUUGA